CGCUCUCGCCUCUCCAGCGAGGAUGGACCAGACCUGGAGAACAAUUCCCUUUUCCAGGCUGUUUAUUCAGGAAAAGUGGCCAUGGAGACCGUGGUGGACGAGUGGCUGGAGUGGUACCGGCGCGAGCGCGAGGCGGCGUUCGUGGAGCUGCUGAAUUUCAGUGUCAGGGCCUGCGGCUGCCAGGGUGUGGUGACCCCGGAGAUGUUCCGGGAGCUGCAGAAUUCCGAGAUCAUCCGGAGGCUCACGGAGAACUUCCAGGAGGAUUCCCCCCUGUACCCCCUGUCCCAGCGCUCCCAGCCCUGGCGCCGGUUCUGCUCGGGGUUCUGUGAGCUCCUGGCCGUGCUGGUGCGCCGGGGGCAGCACCGGGAGCUGCGGGACGGGUUCCUCAUGGACUCCUGGAUCGCCUUCCUCACCGGCCUGGCCGAUUCACAGGUGCGCGCGUUCCGGCACACCGGGACCCUGGCAGCCCUGAAGCUGCUCAGCUCGCUGGUGGAGGUGGCCCUGGGGGUGCAGCAGCAGCAGGACAAUUCCCAGCGCCAGUUUGAGGCGGAAAAGGGAAAAGAUCCCGGCAGGAGAGGAACAGAAAAAUUGGAAUUGCUGCAGGAACAGCGCAGGGAGCUGAGGGAGCAGCAGCAGGAGCUGGAGCUGCUGAUGAACGGGAUCUUCAAGGGAGUUUUUGUGCACCGGUACAGGGACGUGGUGCCCGAAAUCCGCGGGAUCUGCAUGGAGGAGCUGGGGCUGUGGGUGAGGAAAUUCCCUGGAUCAUUCCUGACUGAUGGACACCUGAAAUACCUGGGCUGGACCCUGCACGACAAGCACAGGGAGGUUCGGCUGCGCUGCGUCCGAGCCCUGCGCGGGAUUUACGGAAUCGCUGAGAUGGCGCCGAGCCUGGAGCUCUUCACCCACAGGUUCAAGCCCCGGUUGGUGGCCAUGGCUCACGACGAGGAGCCCGAGGUGGCCCUGGAGGUGCUGAGGCUGCUCAGGGACAUGGACAGGAACAUGGAGGAGGUGCUGUCAGAUGAGGAUUGCCAGAACAUUUUCCCCGUGGUUUUCGUCUCCAACCGCGCCCUGGCCACGGCAGCCGGGGAGUUCCUGUUCCAGAGGCUCCUGGAGCCGGAGUCCCCCGGGCCGGGCCCCGGCGCCAAUCGCGGCUUUUUCCUGCGCCUGCUGCGCUUCUUCCUCGGCUCCCAGCUGCACGAGCACGGCGCCUACCUGGUGGAUUCGCUGUGGGACUGCGCCGGGAGCCGCCUGCGGGACUGGGACACGGCAACUGGGAUGUUACUGGGAACCAGCCUGGAGCUGCCGCAGGAGCAGGCCCUGGUGGAGAUCCUGAGCGCCGCCGGGAUCCGCGUGUGCCGGGGGCUGCCCCCGGUGGGACGGAGCCUGGGCAGGAAGGUCUCGUCCCGGGAGCGCCGGGAGCAGCAGGAGGAGAAAUCGCGGCUGAGCCGGAGCCUGAUCCCGGUGCUGCCCCAGCUCCUGGAAAAAUUCUCAGCGGAGCCCGAGGCGGUGGCGGCGCUGCUGGAGCUGCUGGGGCAGCUGGAGCUGGGCACGGUGCGCUCGGCCAGGAUGGACAAGUGUCUGGAGCAGGUCCUGCAGCAGAUCCAGGAUUUAUUCCACAAACAUUCCCGGCCCUCCCCGGUGCUCUCGGCCGCCUCCCGCGCUCUCCGCGCCCUCUGUGACCCCGAGCUGUCCCUGCACGGCCUCGGGGACAUCGCCCGCGGCCGCCUGGGGGACGCCCUGGGGGACAGGUGCCACCUGCAGGUGACAGAGCUGCUCCAGGCCGCGUCCCCAGACGAGGAGGACGUUUAUGGGCUGGCGGCCACCCUGAGGAGACUCUGGGCCCUGUUCAGUGACCAUGACCUGACCCCCUGGGCUCUCUUCGGGCCCCUCUCGCAGCUCCUGCGCCGCGCCCUCGACACCGGGGAGGUGCCAGCAGAGGUGACAGUCCCGGCCAUCUCCUGCAUUUUCUUCCACCUCUUCUGGGAGCUCUCCCGAAUUCCCGAAUCCGAAACUCUCCCGCCUGAGCUGCACUCCCGGAUCUCCUCGUUCCUGUCCCUGUGCCAGAGCUGCCUCUCAGAGCCCGACCCCGGCGUCAGGGAAAGGGCGUUCCUGGUGCUCAGUGACCUCCUGGUGCUGCUGGGCCCGCGGCAGCUCCCGGAGCCGGCGCUGCAGGCGCAGCUGGGGGUGGCCCUGGAGGAUCUCGUGUUCCAGGAGAGGGAGCAGGAGCACGAGGGGGAUGAGGCAGCAGAGUGGGAGCUGCAGGAGCUGCAGCGGCGCCGGGCGCUCCUGGCCGGGUUCUGCCGCCUCCUCCUGAUCCCAAAAAUCGCAGAGUGGGAGCUGCAGGAGCUGCAGCGGCGCCGGGCGCUCCUGGCCGGGUUCUGCCGCCUCCUCCUGCAGGGGCUGCUCGAGCCCCGCGCCGGCGCCGACGUCUUCAAGCGCUACUGCAAGUUUUACGGGGAUUUCGGUGACAUCAUCCGCGAGACGCUGCGCGGGACCCGGAGCCGCGACCGCGCCGAGUGGGCCCGGACGGUUCUGCUGAGCCUGCAGCAGCUGUUCACGGAGCUGCUGCUGCAGGAGGGCCCAGCCCUGCGGGGGCUCCCGGAAUUUGGGGAAAUUUGGGAUUCCCUGCGGGGGCUCCCGGAAUUUGGGGAAAUUCGGGAUCUGGGGCGGCGCCUGGCGCUGUUCUUCAGCCUCCAGCACCCCAGGGGGAGGCAGGAACUGCUGCAGCUGCACAGGGAAAAAAGGGAAUUUGAGGAGAUUUGGGAGCUGGCGCUGUUCUUCAGCCUCCAACACCCCAGGGGGAGGCAGGAGCUGCUGCAGCUGCACAGCCAGGGGAUCCAGUUCUCUCUGCAGCCGCCCCCGGAGCCCCAAAUCCCCGGAAUCCCAGGGGGGCUCCCCCUGAACCUUCCCUUCCUGGAGGUGCUGAGCGAGUUCUCCCCGCGGUUACCGCGCCCUGACCGCAGCAUAGUCCUCUCCCUGCUGGAGCGCUCGUGCCGGGAGCGGGGGCUGGGCCCCGAUUUUGGGGCGGAUUUGGGGGAUUUUGGGGCUCCCCUGCUCUGCUAUCGCCGCUCCCUGAGCGCCCCCGAGACCCCCCCGGGACCCCCCCGGGCCAAGAGACCCCGGAGCUCCGCCCCCCCAGCUCCAGCCCCUGGGCCCCCAACCCCGAUUUGACCUCGACUCUGCUCAGGGGGGGACCCCAAAAUCGGGGCCCCUCCCCCCACCUGCUCAGCAGCGAAUCCAGGAGGAGCUGGGGGACCCGG